ACGCAGGCAGUUUCAGUAUUGCCUCUGUGAGUGUGUCAGUGUUUCUCUUCAGUCUCUAAAAUCUGUGUUCAUACUGGGAAACAAGAUGUCCCGUUGGGCCCUUCUUGCUCCCCUCCUGCUCCUGCUGGGGCUCUUCAUCAUCAGUGCUGUCAGUGAGGAGGCCGACGACCCAGCAGCGGUACCACCAGCACCAGGCCCGGCUUCUGAUGGCACGCAGGCAGAGGCUGAGGACGAAGAGUGGGGUCUUCACUCCCUGAGAGGAGGCUUUGAGUCAGCCGGCAGUUACUUUGACUCCAUGCUUGAGUUUAUGGGCGGACGUGAUGGAGUGUGCCAAUACCGCUGUCGUUAUGGUAAAGAUCCUAUUCCUCGUACGGGCUACGAGAUGCCACAACCAAAUGGAUGUAGCUCCUAUUUCUUUGGCCUUCCUGUUCCAGAGGGGAUGGACAUGGGAAUCCCCGCCAUGACCAAGUGCUGCAAUCAGCUGGAUAUGUGUUACGACACCUGUGGCUCCAACAAGUACCGCUGCGACUCCAAGUUUCGCUGGUGCCUCCACAGCAUCUGCUCCGACCUCAAGAAGAGUCUCGGCUUUGUUUCCAAAGUUGAAGCAUGUGAAACAGUUGCAGACACCUUGUUCAACACAGUGUGGACUCUGGGCUGCAGACCUUACAUGAACAGCCAGAGAGCAGCGUGCUACUGCCAAGGAGAAGAGAGAGAUGAACUCUAGAUCGACACAUGAACAACUCGCCUAUUUAUAACUGUACGACCUGGCCAACAUGUCAGAUGAUGGAGCGCUGAGUCGUGCUGUGGCAAACACUGCUGUGUGACUGCUUGAGUAAUUUAUUUGGAAGUUUUUUUGUUUUUUUCAACAUCAUUAUUUGACUUUGCAUCACUUUUUGAAUGUUUACGUAAAUUUGCACUCUGUGUUGAUUUAAAUCUAGACAUGCAUCAGUGCUCUGUACUUUGACCACCUUUACAGUUCAUUUAAUAAAAAAACCUGAGGCUUGACUUAGACUUUACAGGGAGCAGACAA